AGUUUGCCCACUAGGCAAGAGUCAUUGAGAAUAGCGGAAGUGUUGGAAUCUAAGAGGAGUUUUAUUCGGAGUGGGUCACUAGUUGGGGGCUCUCCGUUUGAGUCAUCCAUGGUGUUGAUGUUGGUAUGUGAGGAGAACAGAGGGGUUGUUAUGGGGAAGGAGAUGGUUGUUGUAG